AUGUUUGCGUGCAGUUCUCCCCUCCUCUCUCGCCAACACGACAUCGCGCCCGCCCAUCUGUCACCUCAAACCCUCCGCCGUCUCGGCACGGGCGACACCGGGUAUCUCCACCCUCCUUUCGUCCUCGAAGGCAAUUCCCCCACUACCUACUGCGAAGAAAGUCUACCGCCUACCCAAGGGAUUGCCGGGUCCGAAGCCUGCGGCGUUCUGGAUUACCACCCCCUCGUUAACCCAAGUCUGCAUGGAUAUCCCCCGUCCCGGCUGUCUCCCUUAACUAUUUUAUCUCCAAGGGAGAGAGCUUCGGCUCCUGCUGCUCUGGAGGGCUUCAGACAAACUUCAGGUCCCAAACAAGGUUCAGCUCUGUUCGUGAAACCUUUCCUUUUCACCGUUCGACACAUGACUCUGCCGACACCAAGAGAAGGCGAAGGGUUCCCAAAAGUGUUGAAAGGCCGGAAUGCCGUCAAGGAUAGUACCAAAAGGUAUUAUCGUAGCCAUCAUGCCCUGCGGACCCCAACGGGCAAAAAUACUCUUGUUCCCUGUACUGAAGCUUUAACACUCCCUAAGUGCUCGUUAAUGAAUCGCUACUUACAUGGUCUCGGCCGGAAUUGGGGUGUUCAUCUCACCGAGUCCGACACAAAAGUUCCCGAGCCAAGAUUUGAACUGGAGUAA